UUUGUGAAGCGCUCCGAAACUUCUGUGCUGGAGAUGCAGUAGUUGCUUGUUGGCAGCAACACUUUGCAAGAGCACCCACCGCUUACCUGCAACAUUUCCCCUGGGAAUACUUCCCCUGGUGUGAAAUGUCCACUCAGUAACAGAAACGUAGCUUCUGCAUUAGAGCAACAUUUAUGACAUUGUGCUGUCACAGCCUCCGCUUAUUUGCAUCCGUUUUUUGUGGCAAACCCAGACAAAAUGCCAAGCAGUUUCUCACCGAAAGAAAAAGUACAGAUUAUCCACGACUGUGGCGCUCUGGGGGCUCUGCAAAGCCAAGUGGGAGUUGCCCAGGUUGGCUGUAUGUGGAAUGUGGAAGCAGAAGGAUAAGCACGAAGACAGACAGUCAAAUAGCAGCUGGAAGCGUGGGCAUGAAGGGAAACGCGGCUGCUGUCGACUAGUCUCGUUAUAUGGUUCUACCUGCUGGACCCGCAAUCGAGGAAAACCCCCUUCAGCUUGCUGCUUCCCUGGGGUUGAAUGAUCUUAAGGCAAGUGACAGUUUACCAGAUGGAAGAAAUGCUUCAAUGUUGCUUACAAAAACGGGCAUGGUGAGAAACAGCCAGCGGACAAACCAGCAGGGGCAGUGUGAAAAACUUCCUCACAUUUUCCAAGCUGAUGUCUCCAAUGCUGAUUAAACGGGACUUUAUUUCAAAGGGCUCUGCCAGAGGACAGGUCGAGGAGGAGGGAAAGCUUUAAAGGACACAGGGGAACUGUGCUCGUUGGUGCCAAUGUGGAUGGGAGUGACCCCCCCUGAACAACGUUCCCCUUCCAGUCAACAUGGAAAAAGAGGACUUACCUGCUGGCGAUGAGGAUUUGCUCCCGUUCGGAGAGCUGCCCGAUGUGGAAUUACCGAGCUGCAGCUGCUGCAAGGCCAGAGAAACACGCUUGUGUUGAUGAAACAUAUUCUAAUCCAGGGAGUGAGGACGAGCGAUUUUGAUGAAGUUCCACGUCCGACAAACGCCGAGCGGUUGAAGGCUUUGCACACGCUCUGGCACUUUUCCCGGGUAGCGGGACUUGGUGACAGGGUCUGCAGGACAUGGGGUCCCAUCUUCAAAACAAAACUGGGUUUGUUAAUUUGCUUCUGCUGCUUCUCAAUAUUCUUUCAGCCGAACAGGAAUUGUGGCGUUGGCAUGGCUCGCAUUACCCUGGAGGACCUCAAUGGAUUGGACGAUGAAUCCCUCGAUGAAGAUGAGGAGCCAAUGGAUGGGGAAGAACAGAACAGGCUGUUCUCUCAUUGGGAAACAGUGGCCAGCACCCAUCAAGUGACUCUUCCUCAAGAGAUGGCGGGUCCCAUCGUGCAGAUGACGCAGCACAGCCAGGUGCGUGAGCCGGUGCCCUAUGUCACCCUGCUGCAGCAUGAGAAGUGUGAGGAGCGCCUGUACCCAGCGGGGAAAUGGGCCUGCGUCACCAAGGGGGAGCCGAUGUACGAACAGAGCAUCUCCAUGGGCUUCAUGAAACUCAUGCGCUACAUCUGCAAGGAGAACUCCACAGGCCGCUACCUGGGCAUGACGGUGCCUGUGGUGAACGAGAUCCGCCUGAGUGAGGAGGGCACUGAGUUGCUGCGGGACGUCACCACUACCUAUUACCUCCCAGGGGAGUUCCAGCCCGACCCCCCUCUCCCCACGGACCCUGACAUCCGCAUUGUGGAGAGACAGCCGCUCCGCGUCCUGACCAGGGUUUUCUACGGGGUGACGUCGGAAGAGACGAUCCUCCGGGAGAUCCGCCUUCUCUGGGAGCUGCUGGGCUCCACAGACACCGUGCUGCGGGAAAGCUACAUGGUGGCUGCCUACGAGAACCCCAGCGUCCCUCAGCGGCGCAAUGAGCUGUGGUUCAUCCGGCGGGCAGAAUGAGUGCAGCGCAGCCCCGUGCUGGCCCCACUUUCGAUGGCAGUUCUGGCUGAAGGAGAUGAAUGCACAGCCUGACGCACUGGGCGCCGUAGAGCUGCGCUGGACCCGAAGAGGAGACCUGCUCCACGCCCAGCCCCGGGAAAACCAGCAUGUGCCAAAUGGCUGGCCGGGGUCCAUCUCACGCCUGCAGGGGGCAGUGUGCCAUCGUGCACUGAGUGUGGCUGGGCACAUGGGGGCCGGCUGGCCAGGCCGGGUGCUUGUGCCAGGGUGCCGGCCUGGGCUCGAGGUGUCAGGCCUGACUUGAGUUUGCAGUGCUGGGCCAGGCACCUGUGUGUGGCUGUGGUUGAAAAGGUCUCUUGGGCGAUGGCUGGGGGGGGCACUGAGCAUUCCUCUGUGUCUUGCCUGCUGAGGGAGGGUCUGUGCUGCAGCCAGUGGGGAGCCCUUGCCCUGCUCAGAGCAGGGCUGUGUGUGUGCAUGCCCAGGAACAGAGACUGGUGGUGCCCACAAGCAAAGCUGGGAUCCUGUAGGACUCUCCUUCGUAUCAGCCCAGCUGUGUGCCCGUGGCGGGCAGCCCCUUCCUGUUGGUCAGCGCCCGCCACGCUGCUACUGCGCCUGUGGCCACCAGGUGUUAGUCCGGCCCUUGGCCCUGGGCUGAGCAGAGGGGCAGCAGCAGGGUCGCUGUGUGUUGUGUUGUGCAUUGAUUGGUUGGUUUCACACUCAUACGUGGUGCUGGGAGAGGCUGGCAGCGCGAACCUGAAAUAAAUCCAGCUCAAACCAC